AGACGAUAUUGUGAAAGGAUUUUACGAGUACGGUCUACAGGAUGGACCCAGGGAAUUUUUGCUAAUUUUGCAGCUGAGAGUAUGGUUCCAAAAGGACCAGAAUGGGGUGGUGGCAACUGGGAAAUCAAGACUCCAACCGACAUGAAGAGCAUACCUAAGUGGGAGCUUGCUGGGGAAGUAAUGCCAUAUAUGAAGAACGAAGAUGGAACCAUCCCCUCAAUAGUAGCUGAUCAUAUUGGUGUAUACUUGGGAUGUGUCAAAGGUAGAGUUAAUGUUGUGGAAAUUAAAGAAGACAGCUUAGUUUCUAAACCUGGAGGGCUUAGUUUGUUGGGUAAACCUGUAUCGGAUAAACCUUUGGCACUUCCUGCUGGUGAAUCCAGUUCGUUGAUGGGUCUGGAAUCCCUUGGAAAACAAAACGUAGCUGAUGAACAGGCAAAGGCUGCUGAGGAAUUCAAGAAAACAAUGUAUGGUGCUGCUGGUGAUGGCAGCAGCAGUGACGAGGAAGGUGUGCCAAAAACUAAGAAGCUGCAAAUUAGAAUACGAGAAAAGCCAACAUCCACCACUGUGGACGUCAAUAAGCUUAAAGAAG